AUGGAAGGAACAGAGGAUAUUUAUGUAAAUCAAGGGUUGGCCCCCAAGAAGAGGGCCAAGAAGAAAGAGGCUCCAGCAGGUGGCCCAAGAUUUAGAGAGGAGGAUGAAUCUGACUAUGAGAACAUCUCUGUGGCAAGGAACCAGAAUGGUGCUCUGGAGCAACAAUCAAUGUCUAUCCAGUGGGCCUCUGCUGCUUCAGCUCCAAGCAAUUCCUCAGGACUCUCCUUAGUGCACAGAUCUAUCCUGUGUCUUUACCUCCUCCUGGCCCUGAAUUUCCUGCUGUGCAUUAUCCUGUUGUCUCUGGUGGUGGUGAAAGGCUCUGAUUUUUCCGAGGAGCUGAUGAGUGUGAAGAGUGAACUGUGGAAUGUCUCUAGCAUCCUCCAGGAGGAGCAGGAUAAUGCACAGCAACUGGAGACUAAGAUCAGUAAAAUAAAGGCAAUCAGUGAAGCCUCGGAUAAGAUGGUGAAACAAAUUAAAAAUGACCUGUCGAGCCAGAACCAGAUCCUGAAUCGUUUGAGUAGUGAAGUGGAAAAACUGGAGAAGGCUCAAAAAUCAGGACCAAGUCCUACCCAUUCAACUGGCUAA